CGAACUGAUUUGGAUGUGGAUGAAACUGGACCACUCAAUGAUUCAGACGGUGUUUUUAUAGAGAUAGACGAUGAGGAUGUCGAAGAAGUAGAAGAACUUAUAGUUGAAUCUGAAAUGGAAGACGACUUUGUAUCGAAUCUAAAUGAAGAUUUAUAUGAUUCUAGAAUUAUCGAUAGCAUGAGAAUCACAAAAAGGGGUGGAGGUUAUAAGACUCUUGCAGAAGCACUUCGGGCAAUGUCUCAAGACGAUGAUUCUGAUGAAGAGCUCGAUCAGACUCCACCACCUCAUGGACAGAGGAGUGGCCUUGUACGACGAGGAGGACAUACAUCUAGGUCGAGCAUGCCAAAUCGUUUGUCAUCGCCUCCAUCAGGCAAUAGGCCACACACGCCUAACAUAAUAUUGCGUCCACCAUCAUUUACUCCACCUGAUCCUUUGCAUGGUGCGACACCAUUGACAGUAGAUGCACCAUCAGGGAGCAUGCUAUCUGCAUCAUCAUUUGUCUGUUCUAGUCUUAUGAGCCGUAUACCAGUUGAAAUUGAAUCUGAUGAAAGGCCCGAUGUAUCUGGAACUUUU